AUAACUAUAACAGAAAUAGCAAUUUCAACAAAAAUCUUUGCUUAUGGAGUUGCCAUAUACGAGGGCGGGACCAACGACAGCGUUAUGCUUUAUUCUACACCAAUCAUGUCGUAGACAAUGAGGGCUACAACCAAUCAACGUUCAGGUGGAUUUUCAAAUGACUGAAGUGUUGGCUGAUUGCCCAUUCAUUCAAAACAACUCUAGCUAUGCAGUUUUGAUGGGCAUUUGAAACACGUUUAGCUAAACUUACAAUCCGCAUAUUUUAACGAAACGACAACUUUUUUCUUUUUUUUUAACUGCGAUUAAGUAAGUAAAAUCGGACGCUGGUCAUCAGGCAAGUUUUAUACAGCACAUUGCAAUGGGAAAAGGUAAAAAGGUUCAACCUGAAGACGCCCCUGACAUCAAAGGAAAAGAGACCAAAGAAAACCAUCCAAAAAUGAACGGGGAGGGUCUCUGCUGCGGUCAGACCACCAUACGUAGUUUCCUCAGCCCUGCCAAACCCCGGUCUCCCCUCGUCGAUCACUCCCUCCUCCCCGACGCGAAAUGCUCCUCAAAACACUCAGCCCAGAAAGAACCGGACCGGAAAGGGGAAGGCAGGCUGGACGUGCUUCCGGAGGGCGAGGAGGCGGGCAGUCCGGGCCGAGCCCGCGGGACUGAGGAGGUUCUGGCGGUACCGCUCCCGCGCGGUUCUGAGUCCCGGCCGGAUCGCACGGGCACUCCGCAGGGGAAAGGGCCCGGCCGCAGGGGGAGGAGGAGGAGGAACAAACCUCAGAAACCAGCGGAAAACGACAAUUCCCAGAACCGAAAAGUCACCGAUUACUUCCCAAUCAGACGGAGUUCCAGGAAGAGCAGAGCUGAGCUAAAGAGUGAGGAGCACCGGCAGAUUGAAGAUCUGAUCCAGAAGGGAGUGGAGGACGGACUGGAGGUCAGACACAUCGAAGGGAAGGGCCGCGGAGUGUUUGCGGACGGAAGCUUCCGGAAAGGCCAGUUCGUGGUGGAGUAUCACGGGGACCUGCUGGAGAUCAGGGACGCCAAGAGGAGAGAGGAGGAGUAUGGGAAGGAUCCUGCCACGGGCUGCUACAUGUACUACUUCCAGUACCACAACAAGACGUACUGUGUGGAUGCCACGAAGGAGACUGAGCGCGUGGGAAGACUGAUAAACCACAGCAAGAACGGCAACUGCCAAACCAAACUCCACGGCAUCGACGGAAGACCCCACCUCAUCCUGGUGGCCUCCAGGGACAUCGAGAAGGGCGAGGAGCUUCUGUACGACUACGGCGACCGCAGCAAAGAGUCCAUCGCCGCCCACCCCUGGCUCAAACACUGACUCGCUCCUCAGUCUGGCGUUCUUGUGUUCUUGCCAUUUUCCUUCUCAGCGCAUGAGUUUCAAGAAGGGAAAAACGUUUGCAAUAUUCCACAGGUCUUUUUAACAGAAAGUUUUUUUUAAACGGGCAGUGUGCCCUAGAUCAUACCUUUUUGAAUGAAUCUAUAUUAAUGCUAGUUUUUGGAGCAUAUUUUUUGUACAUUUUGUAUAUCUUCGAGGGAGUGCUUCCAAAAACAUGCAUGUUGCCAAUUUGGUUUUUAUACAAAUUUUCUUAUUGAGUAUUAGAUUUCUGUAGAGAAUUUUAUUUUGAUGACAAAUCCAUUUCUGAGUUGCAAAGCAGAUGUGAAUUCCAUCAGAACUGGACUGAUUCCGGGCCGUACUGUAUUUUCUCAGUGACCUCAUGUGGGAGUGUAUCAGGGAGAAUAUCCACAAUAAAUGAGUCACCUGGAAGUAUGAACUAGUAUGUUAAUACGAAGCGGCAGUAUGUUAAUACGAAGGGGCAGUAUGUUAAUACGAAGGGGCAGAAUGUUAAUACGAAGGGGCAGAAUGUUAAUACGAAGGGGCAGAAUGUUAAUACGAAGGGGCAGAAUGUUAAUACGAAGGGGCAGUAUGAAACCAUUGCCGUUUGUGGUCUUCAGAAGCAAAGAUCGUAUUGCAUGAGAAAAAUCCACAUAAAACAUCUGCACAGUAAA